AUGUCCACCACCAUCUGCCAGGUGAUGGGGUUCCUGGUGUCGUCGCUAGGCGUUGCGGGCUGCAUCGUGUCCACUGCCAUGGAUAUGUGGAGCACGCAGGACCUGUACGACAACCCGGUCACGGCUGUCUUCCAGUACCAGGGGCUGUGGAGGAGCUGCGUGCGGCAGAGCUCUGGCUUCACAGAGUGCAGGCCGUACUUCACCAUUCUUGGGCUGCCAGCCAUGUUCCAGGCUGUCAGGGCCCUGAUGAUCGUGGGGAUCGUCCUGGGCAUCCUUGGCCUCCUUGUGUGCAUUUUUGCUCUGAAGUGUAUCCACAUUGGCAGCAUGGAGAGCACAGCAAAAGCCAACAUGACCCUGACCUCUGGCAUCAUGUUCAUCAUUGCUGGCCUGUGUGCCAUCACUGGAGUGUCUGUGUUUGCCAACAUGCUGGUCACAAACUUCUGGAUGUCCACAGCCAACAUGUACCAGGGAAUGCAGAAUAUCCAGAACAGGUACACCUUUGGCUCAGCUCUGUUCGUUGGCUGGGUGGCAGGAGGCCUGGCCCUUGUAGGAGGCAUCAUGAUGUGCCUUGCUUGCAGAGGGCUGGUGCCAGAAGAGUCCCGGUACAAAGCAGUGUCCUACAACGCGUCGGGGCGGAACAUCUCCUAUAGGACUGGGCCCUACAAGGUUGGUUCAGGCUAUGAGGCUGAAACGAAGCCCAGAAAGGGUGCAGGCUACGAGGAAGCUGCUCGGAGCGAGGACGGACGACGCUCCUACCCCUCCAAAUAUGACUACGUCUAG